AUGGAUUUGAACGCUGUCAGUGAAAAGAGAUUGUUGCAACUGAAUGAGUUAGAUGAAUUCCAUAUGGAAGCAUAUGAAAAUGCAAGGCUCUACAAAGAGCGAACCAAAAAGUGGCAUGACAUGCAUAUUCUAAGACUCAAGCUCUUCCCAAGAAAAUUAAGGACAAGGUGGUUGGGUCCCUAUACAGUCACUAAGGUGUUACAAUACGGAGCUAUAAAAGUCGGCCAUGAAACUAAGGGUACUUUGAUAGUUAACGGGCAAAGACUGAAACACUACUGGGGCGGUGACUUCUCUAAGAAAAAGUCCACCGUUCAACUCGGGACACCAGAAUGA